AAGGACGUGUACGUGUAGAGGUGUAUGAUGUAGUGUGGAUUGUAACACGUCACCUUCUGUAUUUGUUAAUUUUGGUUUACUGUUUUAAGUUUUAAUUGGGGUAUCAGAAGUUGUUUGUAGGUUAUCCGUGAUCAGAAGUGACAACAGAUCUUGGAAGUACGAGUUUGUUAAAUGGCUUCUGCAGUUGAUAGAAAGGGUACCUUCAAAGUUGAGUACCUUCAGAAAAUUGAGAAAGAUGUUCAGGCAAAGUGGGAAGAAGCGAAGAUAUAUGAAGUAGAUGCUCCAGCAGAACCCAGAAAGCGUCAAGAUGAAAAGUUCUUCUGUACUUUUCCCUUCCCAUACAUGAAUGGCAGAUUGCAUCUGGGCCAUACAUUUUCCCUCUCCAAAUGUGAGUUUGCAGCUCGAUACCAGCGCCUUAAGGGUAAGCGCGUCCUGUUUCCAUUUGGCUUUCAUUGUACAGAGGCAUGUGCUGAUAAGCUUAAGCGGGAGAUGAAGACAUUUGGCUUUCCUCCUAAAUUUCCAGUCAGUGCAGUCGAAGCAGAACCUGAGGAAACGACAAAGGCCGACGCGGUCGCCAGGGACAAGAGCAAGGGCAAAAAGAGCAAGGCAGUGGCUAAAGCAGGCAGUGGCAAAUACCAGUGGCAGAUUAUGCAGAGUCUGGGUCUCGCUGAUGAUGAAAUCAAGAAAUUUGCAGAUGCUUCUCAUUGGCUAGAGCAUUUCCCUCCACUUGCAGUUAAAGAUUUGAACAGUAUUGGAAUUCAUGUUGACUGGCGACGCACGUUUAUUACGACCGAUUCAAAUCCAUUUUUUGAUCAGUUUGUACGGUGGCAGUUCCUGCAACUGAAAGCAAGAAACAAAGUGAAGUAUGGAAAGCGUUAUACUGUGUUCUCUCCAAGAGAUAAUCAACCUUGUAUGGACCACGAUCGGAGCACUGGCGAAGGCGUUGGACCGCAGGAAUACACACUCAUUAAGAUGAAACUACUUGAGCCUUUCCCUCCAAAGCUGAGCUCACUUAGAGGAAGACCCGUGUUCCUGGUUGCCGCUACUCUUCGGCCGGAAACCAUGUAUGGCCAAACAAACUGCUGGGUUCAUCCUGACCUUCAGUACAUAGCUUUCGUGACAACUAUUGGGCAGGGUGAAGUGUUCGUGUGUACGAGGCGCUCAGCGCGAAACAUGGCUUAUCAGGGCUUCACAGAAAAAGAAGGAAAACUUGGUGUGCUGCUUGAACUUACUGGACAGGACAUUAUGGGCGUCACACUGGAAGCCCCUCUCACGUGUAAUACGAAGAUCUAUACUCUCCCAAUGUUGACCAUAAAGGAAGACAAAGGUACGGGAGUGGUGACAAGUGUUCCGUCAGAUUCGCCCGAUGAUUACGCGGCCUUGGUGGACCUCAAGAACAAACAGCCACUCAGGGAGAAGUAUGGGAUAAAGGAUGAAAUGGUCCUUCCAUUUGAACCUGUUCCAAUUAUUGAUGUCCCGGACUAUGGGUCUCUGAGUGCGGUGACAUUGUAUGAUAAACUCAAGAUUCAAAGCCAGAACGAUAAAGAUAAAUUGCAAGAAGCUAAAGAUUUGAUUUAUCUCAAGGGAUUCUAUGAUGGGGUUAUGUUGGUAGGAGACUUUAAAGGGAAGAAGGUUCAAGAUGUUAAAAAAGCUCUGCAGAAGAGGCUUAUUGAUAACAUGGAAGCUGUUAUUUAUUAUGAACCAGAGAAACAAAUAAUGUCCAGGUCUGGUGAUGAGUGUGUGGUAGCGCUGUGUAAUCAGUGGUACCUGGAUUAUGGCGAAGAACAGUGGAAAGCACAGGCAAUUAAAGGUCUGAAUAACAUGAACACUUAUCAUGUUGAGGUUAAGAAGAACUUCAUGGCUACAUUCAACUGGCUGCAUGAGUACGCUUGCUCUCGGACUUACGGCCUUGGUACAAAGCUUCCUUGGGAUGAGCAGUGGCUCAUUGAAUCCUUGUCCGAUUCAACUAUUUACAUGGCUUUCUACACCGUUGCUCAUCUGCUGCAAGGUGGAACAUUUAAUGGAAGUAAAACGAAUGCACUUAAUAUCAAGGCAGAAGAAAUGUCACCAGAAGUGUGGGACUAUAUCUUCUAUAAAAAUGCGGAGUUUCCGGCAAGCACAAAAAUUCCAAAAGAUUCUUUGGACCUGAUGAAGCGAGAGUUUGAAUUCUGGUACCCAGUGGAUCUACGGUGUUCUGGGAAGGACCUUAUUCAGAACCACCUGACGUUCUUCAUCUACAAUCACUGUGCGUUGUGGCCGUGUGAUGAGAGCAAAUGGCCUUUAAGCGUUCGUGCAAAUGGUCACCUGCUUCUGAACUCAGCUAAGAUGUCCAAAUCAGAAGGAAAUUUUCUUACUCUCUCAGAGGCUGUGGAGAAGUUUAGUGCAGACGGGAUGAGACUCUGUCUGGCUGACUCUGGAGAUUCUGUAGAAGAUGCAAAUUUUGUUGAAAGUACAGCAGAUGCAGGCAUUCGUCAUUUGUUUACCUUCAUUGAAUGGGUGAAGGAAAUGCUGAGUGUGCAGGACUGCCUUCGAGGGGGUGCAGCAAGGACCUUCAAUGACAAAGUAUUUUCUAGUGUAAUAAACAAGAAGAUUCGUGAAACCGAGGAUUGCUACGAAAAGAUGUUAUUCAAGGAAGCAUUACGAAUUGGCUUCUUUGAGCUGCAGCUCUCCAGGGAUAAGUACCAUAAACUGACCCCUUUGAAAGGGAUGCACAGAGACUUGGUUAUAUGGUUCAUUGAGGUUCAGGCUCUGCUUCUGUCACCAAUCUGCCCGCAUGUGGCAGAACAUGUGUGGGAGCUGCUGGGAAAGAAAAGAAGUAUUCUUCAUGAACGAUGGCCCACUGCUGGGCCUGUUGAUGAUGUUCUUGUUAUGUCCUCACGUUACCUCAAGGAGGCAGCUCGCUCAUUCCGGAAAGCUCUGGAGAACCAUACUCGGCCAAGAAAACCCAACAAAGGUGCAGGCAGUGAGAAACCAACCCAUGCCAUCAUAUGGAUAGCAAAGACGUUUCCUCCUUGGCAGUCCACAGUGCUGAAGACAUUGAAGCAGCUUCAUGAUGAGACAGGUUCUCUCCCAGACAACAAAGUAAUUUCUUCAGAGCUGAGCAGGAAACCUCAAUUGAAGAAAUACAUGAAGCGUGUAAUGCCAUUCGCAGAAGAGGUUCGUAAGAAGAUGAAUGCAGUCGGUGUGCAGGCUCUCAACCUUACGCUCGACUUCAAUGAAAUGGAUGUUUUGUCAGAAAAUAUUGUCUAUUUAAAAACCACACUAAAAGUUCAAGAUAUAGAUCUGAAGUAUUCCGAUUCCACUGAAGCAACGGAAAAGAUCCGCGAGGGCUGUUGUCCAGGGACUCCCUACAUAGUCUUCACUGUUCCUCCAAGUAUAUCAUUGACUCUAAUAAAUCCUCAGCCUCAGAGCAGCCAUUUCACACAUAUUGUUAAUGUGAGAGAUGGUGAUACAGUUGCGGAGUUGGCUGAUCAACUUAUCAGUGCUGACGGACAUAUCAUAGAUCCAAACAGUAUUCAAUUGUGGCGCUAUGAGAAUCCUGAACUUGGCCCAAGGAAGAUGCCCGUAUUCGACAAUCUGACACAAGGUCUAAUACGCAUUGAAGACAGUGCAGUAUUCCACACGAAUUUUGGAAACAAAGAAAUUGAAGUUGCUGUCAGUGGUACAAGUGUAAAUGAGCUAUCCCAGCUCCGCAAAUCUACACUACCUGUCUGUAAUGAAAAUUCCACGAGAUACGCCACCAUUAGGAGCUGUUUGGAGAAACUGUGGAGGAGCAUAGCCAACUGCCAACACAAGAUGAGAUGUGUUAAGUCUUCGUCCUCCAGACACAAUUGCAUGACAAGUCAAGUUGGAGUCCUCUCCAUCACUCACUAUCACAGCUUCGGCUGCACGUUUCAGAUGAUACAGACCUCCAAAUACAGCACAGAGUCUGACAAACCAAACACGUAAACAUUUCAGGAUAUAAGAUGUAUUGGCAAGGAUAUCACAACAAAUGUGACAUAGUGAAUGAAGCAUUGUCUACACAUACAGGUAUUUAUUGACGUAAAUACGUCUAUACGGAAGGGUCAUUCAGCAAAAGAGUAACAAAAAUGUGUAAGAUCCA